AUGGAGGUCAAGUCACAUUUCCUGGCGACGGCGGCUUUUAUAAUUAUUGCGGCAUCGUGGUGUGAUGGAGCCAGAGACGCAUCAUGUCCCCGUAUCUGCGGCCCCACUCUGCAAGGAGAACCGGUGUGCGCUACUGAUGGCUACAUCUACCCUUCGCUUUGUGAGAUGAGAAAGAAGACAUGUGGAAAAGGCGUAAGAUUAGCUCAAGACCAAGGCACCUGUUCUCGCGCACAAGGUUCGAAGUGCGAGCAUCGUUGUACCGCAGAGCGGGAUCCUGUAUGCGGUACUAACGGUCGGACUUACCUGAACAGGUGUAUGCUGCAGGUUGAAAUAUGCAGAGUCGGCAUCGGCUUAUCUCAUUUGGGAGCUUGUAACAACAUAAGCGCACACAGAGAGAAUUGCCCAGUUGACUGCUCGCAGGCACCGUUCGACGGACCUAUUUGUGGUUCCGACGGCAACGUUUACAAGAGCACUUGCCAGAUGAAGCUGCUCACUUGCGGGCAAGGUGUCGUAAAAACCAGUAAGAAACAUUGUCAAACUACACGUCACUGCCGCGAGUCCUGCUGGAGAGCGUCACGACCAACCUGCGGGUCUGAUGGAAAGUUAUACGCGAAUGCUUGUAGGAUGAAGGCAACGAAUUGCGGCAAACACGUCUUCGAAGUGCCGAUGGCGUUCUGUGUGUCACAAGAACGCACUUCUGGUGGCGACUCGUGUCCUACGGAUUGUUCGGGACACAAGGAAAAAUUGGUCUGCGGAUCGGAUGAGAACAUUUAUAGGAACGAGUGUGAGAUGAAAAUGCUUAACUGUGGUGUAAGUAACAGAAAGAUUGUGAAAAAGGUCGAUAUGGAGAAGUGUAAGUCGAAGAUAAGCAAGUGUCACAAAGUUAAGUGUCCCGCUGAAGCUGAUCCCGUUUGUGGUACAGAUGCCAACGUAUAUACCAACCCUUGCUACUUGAAGGUUGCUACUUGCCUUAAGGGCGUUCAGUUGGCGCACUUCGGUAACUGCACGUUGCUGCCCAGGAUGGAGACAGACUGUCCUGAAAGCUGCGAUAAUGCCGUGGAACAGCCCCUCUGUGGAUCUGACGGAAAUGUUUACAGAUCAGAAUGCGAGCUUCGUAAGCUAACAUGUGGUCAGCACGUAGUCCCAGUAUCCGCAGCGCAUUGCAGAACAACAGCACUCUGUCACGAAGAAUGUCCAGACACACCUGCUUUUGUGUGUGGUUCUGAUAACAGAUUCUAUAAGAAUGAGUGCAUUAUGAAAAAGGAAAACUGUGGUAAGCACGUCUUCGUUGUACCUCUCAAGCGCUGCCUAGCGCGGUUCCAGUAUGCAGGAUGCGCGCGCGUCUGUUCACCAGAGUACGACCCCGUCUGCGGUACCGAUGAUAAGACUUACUCCAACCGAUGCUUCUUGGAGAUGGAGAAUUGUCGAUCUCGGAGUCUUGUCUCACUGAAACAUUUGGGAACAUGCACGGAUCCCAUCGCAGAGGAACCGAAGAACUACUUAUAUCGAUAA